ACCGCGAGUAAAGUGAGCGGCCUGCUUUUGACAAAAAUGGAAACAGAAAAUUCUAAAGAAACCGGUGAAAUCGAACCACUCUUACGGGACCCAAGGGAUGAGCCUAAAUCCGAAGCCAACCCGAAUCCGACCACCGUGAAGACGAGAGUCCCCGAAGUAGAGAUCCGAUUGUAUCGACAAGGCAAGGGUCCGAUUGACGUGUUCAAGUCGAGCUUGGGUGGAUGGGACCAGAACCAGCUUGAGGUUCGAGACAUACUCGACAAAUACGGCUUGAAAUCGAUUUACGCUUUCAGUCCUCAGUCGGGUCGUGGCGUCCCAAUCCGCUUUCAUCCCAGAAAUGGGAGGUCUAUUCUUGGAUACAAGGAUGGAUCGGUGGUUCACAUUGACGGCGAGCCACAGGAUUCAUUAAUCAAACCUGUAACCAAGAUCUUGGUAGGAGUAGCAGCUAUUACACUUCUGAUAACUCUGGUAGCCAAGGAUACUCCGGAAUGGAUGAAGAAACUAAAGAUUUCGGGCGGAGAUUUCCCUCCUUGGCUCCUCGCUUGUGUAGUUAUCGUGUUUACACGCAUGAGGAAGAGAACGAAGGAUUUCUUUAAGAAGUUUGGUUGGUGAAUGGAGAUACCCUUGAAGCCAUUUCAUAGCCCACAGAUAAGAUACUCAUCGUUGUUAAAUCUUUGUGCUUACCAAAAGUUUUUUCACCUAUAUAAUAGGUUGAUGUUGUGGAACGCUUCCACGCAUAUGUAAUAAUAGUGCCAGAAAGAUGUGGUAAUUCCCUAAAAUUCCAUCAAACUCAUUUUCCUAAUCUUCUGAGAUUUUGAAGUAAAGGAGGAUUCAGUUACUUCCAUCAUGAUAUAUUACCUCCUUUCUUUCAAGUCUUCUUUUAAAUACAGUGUACCACUUGAUGAGCUGAAUGCUGGAAAAAUAUGUGUUAAAUGUAGUUCGUAUGGUCUUUCACAUGA